GUGAGUAUCUUCUUGACUGCCGCCCUGGGUCUGCCUGAGGCGUUGAUCCCUGUGCAACUGCUGUGGGUGAACUUGGUGACGGACGGUUUUCCCGCCACGGCUCUGGGCUUCAAUCCACCCGAUCUGGACAUCAUGACUAGGCCUCCUCGCAGCACCUCGGAUCCCCUCAUCUCGGGCUGGCUGUUCUUCCGCUACCUUGCAAUUGGCGGCUACGUCGGAUGUGCCACUGUCGGUUCAGCAGCCUGGUGGUUUAUUGCCUAUGACAAGGGUCCGCAACUGAACUACUACCAGCUGACGCACCAGUCGCAGUGUCUCGCCCAAGAAAGCCGCUUCAAGGGUGUCGAUUGUUCCAUCUUCGUGCAUCCGAAGCCCAUGACAAUGGCACUCUCCGUGCUUGUGCUCGUUGAAAUGCUGAACGCGAUGAACAGUCUUUCUGAGAACCAGUCGCUUGUGGUCAUGCCGCCGUGGGUAAACCUCUGGCUGGUCGCUGCUAUGGUCAUGAGCCUUGGCUUGCACUUUAUGAUCCUCGAGAUUGAUUUCCUGGCGAACGUCUUCCAAUUGACUCCCCUCUCACUUGAGGAAUGGUGGGUGGUGACCAAGUUUUCCAUGCCGGUGAUAUUUAUAGACGAAAUACUGAAGCUCGUUGCGAGGAAAUUCACUGACGUUCCUCUGACGGUGACCGAUCCCUACAAAUAA